AUGGACAGCGGCGUGGUGGAAAUCUUUAAGGAGGACAGGUGCCUCCAGGUCUUCUCCGAGGAGUGCUUUCCUAAUUCCACAUGGCAGCCGACUUUCCCUGACAUUUAUAACUACACGCCCAACGGCAGCUGGCCAAACGAACCUAUGUCCCCCGUCAUUCCCCUCAUCACCGCGGUCUAUUCCGUGGUUUUCGUGGUGGGAUUGGUGGGAAAUUGCCUUGUUAUGUAUGUUAUCAUAAGAUACACAAAGAUGAAGACCGCAACCAACAUUUACAUCUUUAACCUGGCCGUGGCGGACGCCCUGGUAACCACCACCAUGCCGUUCCAGAGCACGGACUACCUGCUCAACUCCUGGCCCUUCGGGGAGGUGGUGUGCAAGGUGUUCAUCUCCAUCGACUACUACAACAUGUUCACCAGCAUCUUCACCCUCACCAUGAUGAGCGUGGACCGCUACAUCGCAGUGUGCCACCCGGUCAAGGCCCUGGAGUUCCGCACGCCUGUCAAGGCCAAGCUGAUCAACGUCUGCAUCUGGAUCCUGUCCUCGGCGGCAGGGGUCCCCGCCCUCAUUCUGGGGAGCACUCAGACCAACAACGGGACCACAGAGUGCGCCCUGCAGUUCCCGGAGCCCUACAGCUACUGGGACACGCUGAUGAAGAUCUGCGUCUUCGUCUUCGCCUUCAUCGUGCCCGUCCUCAUCAUCACGGUGUGCUACACGCUGAUGGUGCUGCGUCUGAAGAGCGUUCGGCUGCUGUCGGGCUCGCGGGAGAAGGACCGCAACCUGCGUCGUAUCACCAAGCUGGUCCUGGUGGUGGUGGCUGUCUUCGUGAUCUGCUGGACCCCCAUACACAUCUUCAUCCUGGUCAAGGCGCUCAGCCACGUCCCCGAGACGACCGCCGUCACAGCGACCUACUUCUUCUGCGUGGCCCUGGGCUACACCAACAGCAGCCUCAACCCCGUCCUCUACGCCUUCCUGGACGAGAACUUUAAGCGCUGCUUCCGGGACUUCUGCUUCCCGUCCAAGCUGAAGGCAGAUGGACAGAGCAUCAGCAGGGUGAGGAGCACCAUCCGGGACUCGGCCCGCCCCGCCGAGAACCCCCCCGGGACCGGUAAACACGUAUGA